AUGCCGGCGCCUAUGGUCGAUGACGGCGAUGGUAGCCAUGACCAAACAAGAGCUGCGGCGCAUGUCGUCCAUCAACUCCAUAUCAAAGGAUUGUCGCAAAAGACCAUCUCGACCGAUGUUGGCUCGUCAUUGCCCGACGGGUUCUAUCACUUGCCAGCCAUCUACCAGCUCGAGAGGCGUGCCAUCUUCUCCAAGCGAUGGUUUCUGGUCUCGCACAAAGCUCGAUACCGCCAUGUCGGCGACUACGUGCAGUACGAAAUGGCCGGCUUCAACUUUGUCGUUAUCAAGGCCAAGCAAGGAGACAUAGUGGGAUUCCAUAAUAUGUGCAGACACCGUGCCUUUCCCAUCGUGCAGGAAACCAGCGGCACGGCCCAAAUCUUCGCCUGCAAAUACCACGGAUGGACGUACACGCUGAACGGCAAACUGACCAAAGCCCCGCGUUUCACGCCCGAGUCGGUGCCUGACUUCGACGCUGCGGACAUCCGCCUCUUUCCCAUCCACACCCACGUCGACAGAAAUGGCUUCGUCUACGUCAACCUGGAUGCGCGUCCGACGCCCGAGAUCUCGUGGGCAGAGCAGUUUGGCGACCUGGACCGCCAGGGAGUCCUCGAGAACUCGGGCGUGGACUGGGACGCAGUCGAGUACGAUUUCACAUGGGCCAAAGAAGGGAAAUUCAACUGGAAGAUCAUGCAGGACAAUUACAACGAGGUACGAGACGUUGCUCGAACCACCGCCCUAGACACAUACUACGUCUCCCCGGCCACGCCGCACCACUACAUCUCGCACUUCAGCGAGCCCAAGGCGUCCAUCCUCGCCACCUCGGCCUUCGACACGACGCGGUUUGCGGGCAGGUCGGCCACUCACGUGUGGCCGGGUGGCCAUUUCAGCCCCAACCCAGGCACGGGGUUCAUGCACCUGAUGCGCAGCCUCCCGAUCUCACCAACCACAACGCGGCAGGAAUACGACGUGUACAGGCUCAACACACCACAUGCGACGCCCGAGGCGCACGAGCGCAUGACCAACUUCUAUAAAAAGGUCGUCGACGAGGACUUUGGCCUCUGUGAAAAGGUACAGAGGAACCUCGAACGCGGCAUCUUCCAGACGGGUCCUUUGCACCCUUUCCACGAGGAAGGCGUGCUGGCCUUCCAGAGCAUGGUCCUUAACGUCCUCAAGGAGCAGAUCAAAUUGGAGGAGGCGGCCGGUGGGGAGAUCUGGGCCGCCAGGCCACCAGCCCAGGGUCUGGGGACGAAGACGGUCUAUGCUGAUGGUGGUUCAGCGAACACGGAUAGCCGUGGUGGUGAAUCGGAUGCCCAGAACAUCUGCGCGAGAAUGCUGGAUUGCGACCUGACGAGGCUGAGAGGCCUGGAAUGGUAG